GAUUGUGAGAAGAAGCAGGCAAAUCCUUCUCCAUGCAUCACAGUUGAUCCAGUUCUACCUCUUCCUCCUGUUAUAGUCCCUCAAGAUCAUGGGGGAGAUAUGCAUGAUCAUACAGUUGAGUCUCCUGCAGAUGACCAUCAUGAUGAUGGUGGUGAUGAUAUUCCAGAGUCACAACCACAUUCAGAGUCACCACCACCUCAGUUGAGAAGAUCCACCAGAGUCAGAAAACCUUCCACAAGACUUUCGGAGGAUGAUUUUGUGCUAGUCACGGAUGGAGGAGAGCCAGAGACAUAUGAUGAGGCUAUGUCACAUGAGAAACUUGUGUUUUGUCGAGAGAAGGCCGGUUUGUUUGCUCACUCCAUGUAGGAGUGAGGGGGAGAUUUGUUGGGAAAUUUCCCUCCUACAUGGAGGAAGUGUCCAAUUUUUAGUAUGUUGUUCCUCACAUACUCCUCUUCAAAUCCAACGGUCAGAUUCUCAUUUUGAUGCCCGGAAGGUUGUUUUCUAGCUGCGUUUUCAGACCUGCGUUUUGGGGAGUUUUUACUCCAUUUUAUGGUGAAUUGUUGAUUGUUGUUGUUCCAAGGUUGCUCCUUGAUGAUUGUGUAUGCCUCUAGUGUUUACUAGAGAGGAGAACUUGUUGUACCCACUUGAUUCUUGGUGAUUAGUGGAAGUUUGGGAGCCGUUGUUGAGCGGCCGUGGUUUUCUCCUUGAUUUGGGGUUUCCACGUAAAUCGUGUGUCAUCUACUUUAUUAUCGCUGCCAUUUAUUUGUGUGUGUGCUGUUGAUUUUUUUCAGAGUUUAUUGUGCUUGUUAUUCAUCUCAUUAAUUUGGGGAAAAGAUUUUAUACGCUUCCGUUGUGUUUUGUUCCGUGCUUCCCCAACAAGGUGGAAAAUAUUUCCACCCGCAUCCGACUCAAUCCAUCAUUAGUCCAUCAUCAUCCGUUCAUCAUCGUUUUCUUUUUGGGGUUUAGUCGACAAGAACAGGUUGGUUG